CCGCCUCCUGCGCAGCCAUGUCGCUUGGACGUGUCGCCGCCGUGGUGGCGCUGGCGGGCCGCGCGGCAUCCCUCGUGGUGCACCAGGCCCCUGGGUUGGCUGGCCCAGGCUCAGACAUCUUCAACACGUCGAGGGUCGCCAUCCAGUGGAGCGAGACGAGGC